CGUCUUCGAGCCACGCCGCCGACGAACCUCUCGCCGCCAUUAUUCUCCCCCUUUCUCGUCACCGUCACGGCCGUCUCUCUCUCUUUCUCUCUCUCUACCCGUCCCCUCUGUCUCAGCCGCCAUCCUUUCUCCUCUCUCGCUGCCUUCUGGAUGAUAAGGUAGUCUUGGAAUCAUUCAAUCAUCUAAUGCGCUAUCUAUCCCUCGGUAAUGUCUUCUCGGCCUACCUACUUUUCUCUCCAGCCUAUUCUUCUGUUGAAUGUCUCCUCUGCUUCGUUUUGUUUCUCAGCUCUCGUUUCGAUUUCUGGUUUUUUUCUUUCAAUCCUUUUGUCUAUUAUUUCUCAAGUCUCAAACUUUAGGGCUCAGUUUAUGUUAUGGGGUUGUGACAGUGAAGCAUGUCAAUUUGGUGUACUCCACUGGUGCACAAAGCCAUCUCUUUUUCCUUCUUUUUUGGGUUACUUGUAACAAGCUAACUCAGACAUUAUAAAAUAGACAUUCUGUUUCUAUCAUUAAAGACAAUCAAUGGAGUGAAGCAACAUUUCCACAUUUGAAGAUAAUUACUGCAAGGCAUUUUGCAAAAACAAUAUUUGGUUGAUUCUUAGAUUGCUAUAUCGAAGGAGUGAGCUAACAUCACUACAUUUUUAGUGUUUUAGUGCAUAAGUGCUAAAUAUUGUUCCAUUUCUUUGAAAAUUUUAGUUAUCUUGCUGAUAUUAUAACCAGUUUUUAUUUGAUUUUGUAUUUUUAAAAUGUUUUUUUAAUUUUACAUGUCGAUCCAUUGGUUCAACAAACGACCUAAUGCCAAACUCUCGUCUUGGUCGUUGCCUGGACCAAUUCUGCUAACAACGAUAACAAGUGAUCGUUUUGCUAAUUCAUGAGCUGUGCAUAUCUAAUGCUUGACAAAAUGCCUUUUUUUUUUCUUUUUCUUUCAGAACCCUUGUGCAAGCCAUAUAUGUUUCUCCCACCUUUUGCUGAUGUGCACCUGCUGAUCAAGGACGAACACACGGAUCCUUAUAUCAAACUUUCUUUUUUUGCUUGGAUAAUAGUUGCUUCGCAUUCUCAUUGUGCUUGAUUGCCAGUUGUCUUACUAACUUCGGCUUUGUUUCCAAAGAGGAAGGAGACACAGUCAUGUUGCUGCAUGCACAUAGGACUAGACAAAGGAGCACUGAUAUCUAACGUUGUGGCACAUGAUUCGAUCUAUUCUUGCUCUUCGCUGCAAGUCCAUAACGGGUAGGCGUAUUAGCUGUCUUCCGUGUUGGAAUUUGGCAUUCUACCACCAAGCUGAUGAACUUGGCAGUGAACAGUUGCUGCCAUCAGAAUGGUACAGAGCGGCUGCUGCUAAAAUAAUCAGACUGACACAUGUUCUAAAAGAUGUCAAGCAGAUAGAUGGAAGGAUAAUCAGCAUCAAUGACAGCGCUGUCAUUACAGAUGACCAUAUCAUCAGCCAUAUGGAGACCUUCAAGUCGCUUGCGAAAGCGUUCAUCGAGCCUACCACAUUGCAGCUCUCCCAAAGGAAGACAAAUGCACUGGCUGCACCACUCGUAUCUCCAAAACUUUUCUGUAGAGCGAGUGAAAGGAGCUCGAUGACGCUGAUUUCACUUACCCAAGUUUGUAACUUCCUUAAUGUCUCAGUUCAGAAGAGGAAGCAUGUUCGUUUGGCACUAUGUCCGCAAGUUACACAGCACAGUAUUUGGUGGGGAGUGCUUGAGGAGGUUCUCCAAGACUUGAAACAUGAAAUGGACUGCUUAGCAUGCCAUUCUAAGGCUUUCGAGAUGGGUGAGCAGAUACUAUUCAGCUGUAUAAAGUUUUUGACAGAUAUCAAGGGUUCAAAUGCUUCCUCCCCGUCGUGGAUGCGACCAGCCCCUUCGAACAAGGUCGAGAAGUCGCUGCCAUCACGCAAAUGGGAAGAAGUUCUUGAUAUGUUUGUUGAUCUCUCGAAGGUCUUGGGCCAAGAGCAGAACUUGACAUAUCACCUCUCCAAGCUUGAUAUCAUGAAAGAAGGAUUGUACCAAAUCAAGGAUAUUCUGGUUGAGAGAGACAUUAGUCACAAGGAAGUUCGACGGCAGGACUACCUAGUCCAGAAGAAGUUUACAAAGUGCUUAGGGCACUCUUCCAAGUGUUUGUUCACUCUAUUGCUGUAUUAUCUGCAUGGAACCAUCAGAGAUAUUGAAGUUGAGGUUAGUGGAGGGAUUUACGAGUGUGGUGGUACUACAUACUUGUACAUUGGAAAGAUCUUACAUUCUUCUGAUGAAGGGUCAAUAAGGAGUGGGAUUAUGCAGCUGAACAGAGCUUUGAGUGUUUACCAGCUUGUGUGGCAAACAGCAGCUAUGGAUGGAGUAUUGGAGUUGCAAGGACAUCUUUGGUGUCCUGAGGCCGAGGAAAGGUCUCUCACAUACAGAGGGAAUGUGUAUCACAUUCACAGGUUAAGCCAUGUCAGCACGUGAUCAUCAACAUCACUGGCAUGCGUCUGAUCAGCAUCCACUUCAGUGUCUGAUCAACACAUCUGUCAUUGGCUACGCCACCAGAUCCAUGGUGCCAUGACCUCCUGACUUCCCAGAUCAGAUUUGGUUUGGGUAACCUCUCACCGACCUAUAAAUGUGGGGCUCUCUUGUAAUUUGACACAAGUUUUGCAAGUUGGAUGCCUGAGUUGGCAUCCUUGAAAGCUUCAUAUGUUUUAGAGGAUAGAGGGAAGUUGUUAAAAGGGAACUUUUGAUAUUCUAUAAAAUUGAUUUUGUGGUAGAAGAGCUGCUGCAUUACUGGAAGAUUCUUAUUAGUAUCAUCCGGAGCUUUGUAAGAUGGUGAGGUAGCUUACUUGUUGUCAAAUGCUUGAUAAAUAACAAUUUAGAACUCUGGAUCCUA